AAGGGUAAUCUCAAUUUUUAAAUCAUAUUAAUCUCAAAGAGGUUGACAUACCCUGCUUUUUAAUCCGCAUCAUUAGGCUGGCAGGAAAAUUGAAAAUUAAAAAGAACCGUAUUCUUCUUAUAAAGUCUUGUCAGUUGUGUCGAAAGAAUUUAAACGUCAGUCUAUAUUUUGUAGAUGAUUUAGAAAAUAUGAAAAAUAAAUUUGGAACUAUUUUUUGUUGUGUUAUAUAUUUGAUUGUGGGAGCAUUCGCUGAAGAUGAGAUCAAAAGAGGAUCCUACCCGUUCAUGGCAUUCGUAUACUAUCAAGACGAAACAAUCCUCGGCCUGGGCGGUGCCCGGUUCCUGCAAGGAGCCGUGCUGGUUCGCCCAAACUUCCUGAUCUCUUCGUCGCUAGAGUCCACCAUUUCCAAGGACCCGCUCAGCAAGACCAUGCUGGCGCGGCUCGGAGCGACGGUCAUUGACCCUAAGUUUACGCUGAAUGAAGAUGAGGACGAGCAGGAACAAGAGGUCAUCCAAAUCACGCAGCCGUCUGAGCACGACAUCAGCCAAUGGUGGCUGACAGACAUCUGCCUGCUGAAGACCCUACAGCCCGUCAUAAGCACCAACUCUGUACGCUUCACGCAACUCUCCACCAAGCAAGAGGCGGCGGAUAAAGUCUGCCACAUACUACUUUACAAGUGGCUGACAGAUAUCUGCUUGCUGAAGACACUGCAGCCCGUCAUAGGCACCAACUCUGUACGCUUCACGCAACUCUCCACCAAGCAAGAGGCGGCGGAUAAAGUCUGCCACAUACUACUUUACAAGUGGCUGACAGAUAUCUGCUUGCUGAAGACCCUGCAGCCCGUCAUAGGCACCAACUCUGUACGCUUCACGCAACUCUCCACCAAGCAAGAGGCGGCGGAUAAAGUCUGCCACAUACUACUUUACAAGUGGCUGACAGAUAUCUGCUUGCUGAAGACCCUGCAGCCCGUCAUAAGCACCAACUCUGUACGCUUCACGCAACUCUCCACCAAGCAAGAGGCUGCGGAUAAAGUCUGCCACAUACUACUUUACAAGAAAAAGAGCGGCACCGACGUCCGAGUGCUGACACGCAUGUUCGUGGAGAUGCUGCCAGCUUCGUCCACCAACUGCGGGGAACAUUUCGUGCGUGGAGUCAUGACGUGUGCCGCCGACCAGCAGACCGGCGAUGGACUGCCGCCCGCCGCGGACUUUUGUCAAGGUAACAACGGCGGACCCCUCAUAUGCGACAACGACGUGAUUGCGCUGCAGACCUACAUCAACGGAGACUGCAAGGCACCCCACCUCUACCAGCUACUCUCACCCAGGAAACAAUUCCUGGACUGCGGCAUCGAAGAGAAAUGCGGCCGAGAUUACUGCCACAACGUUUGCACUGUCAUUCAGAAGGAUGCGCCACUGCCCACCCAUCUUGCUCCAGAGGCAACCACCUUGGAGGCGACGACUGAAGUCACAACAGAAGCGACCACAGCAUCAGACCCUACUAAGACAAUCGAGCCGGAGACAACGGAAUCUGACACCAGCCCCACCGCAUCACCGACGACUUUAACCACUCCUAUGACCACAGCUCCUUUUGAAACAUCAUCCAAAUCGUGGCCAAACGAGCGGGAGGGUCGCAAGAUGAGCGAUGAGGAUUCAGACACCCUGAACCGAACGGUUAGCGUGGAAGCCAAGAGUGUCGGGUUGGAAGAUGACGAGAUCCCGCGCCGCCACUCGGGCAGCCCAGCCAGCAACCUUGCCUUGUUCCAGAGUCUUGUUUGCUACGUCUUUUUGUGUGUUUUGUCGUGAUUGUAUGCGUUUUCUAUAGUGAUAAUAUAAUUUGUGGAUCUUGGUGAUUGAAUACUGGAAUUUAAUAAAUUUUGA